GCGCGAAUCGCGGCCAUGGCGGAGCCGCUUUGGGCCGCGGGCGCUGCCGGCGCCGUUUAUCGGUCCCGCGAUCCCGUCCGCAACCUCCGCCUCCGGGUCCGCAUCCAGCGGGUCACCUCGGCCGGGCCCCUGCUGCCGGAGGCUCCGCCCGCGCUGUCCGGUCCGGGAGGCCCCGAGGCGCUGGCUCUGGCAGAGCAACCGCAGAAGGGUGCCCGGCAGCCCCCGGACGAGGAGGAGGAGGCGGAGGUGGGGUGGCAGGAGAAGCUCUUCAGCCAGUUUGAGGUGGAUCUUUACCAGAAGCAGUCAGCCUGCCAGACUCCACUGGAGCGUCAGUACCAGGAGGAGAUCACGAGGCUGGGGAGGGUCGGGGGCCGACAGAACCGCCGCAUCUUCACCUACACUGACCACGACAGAUUCACCAACCUGGAGGAGCACUGUCAGAAGGUAACAGACUCAGAGCAGGAGGUGCCAUCAUACCUGGCAGAGAGGAUGGCCAAUGUCAGGAGGAGAAGACAAGACCGUAGGCCCAUAGAAGCAAGUUCUCUGAAGACAAAAGUCAUCACCUGGGAGCCCUCAGAGGAAUUUAUAAAGAACAACCAUGUGAUUAACACUCCUGUCCAGACCAUGUACAUCAUGGGGGAUCUGGGACCUUACGGGAAGCUUGGUCACAGGGAGUAUGAACAUGUUCUUUGCACAAUCAAGGUGGAUGGCAAUGGGGUGAUCACAGUGAAGCCUGACUUCACUGGCACCAAAGAAGCCUACAGGAUCAAGCUGGAAGGAGAGAAGCCAGAGGUGUGGAAAUACACCAUUGAGAAUGUGUCUGCCCCAGUGCAGCCAGAGGAGGAGGAACGUGAGCAGUGUCUGUUCAGAGAUCUUUACAGUCGGCACAAGGAAUAUCUCAGUGGUCUUGUAGGCUCAGAAUUUGAAACUACUCUCCCUGGUACUCUGCGACUUUUUGUGAAUGGGGAAAUAGUUUCAGCCCAAGGCUAUGAGUAUGACAACCUCUAUGUUCAUUUCUUCCUGGAGCUGCCUGACCAGUGGUCAAGCCCUGCCUUCCAGCAGCUAUCAGGAGUGACACAGACCUGUGCCACCAAGAGAGUUGGCUGGGAUCAGGUGGCACACUUCUGCUACCCCUUCACUUUGGAGAUGUUUUUCACCCAAGGAGAUGAAUCAGAAGACAGUCUGCCACAGUGGCCUGUUCUCUACUUUGAGGUCCUUUCCCUGGAUUUCUGGCAGAGGUAUCGUGUUGAAGGGUAUGGUUCCUUGGUGCUGCCAGCAUCUCCAGGUCUCCACAUGCUCACCAUCCCUACCUGGCGCCCCGUGGAGCUGGGCACAGUCGCUGAGCUGAGGAGAUUUUUCAUCGGGGGUUCUCCUGAGCUGGAGGACAUAACCUAUGCCAGGAUACCAUCAACCUUCAAGGGAGAGCGUCUGAGCCGCUUUGGAUUUCGCACCCAGACAACGGGGAGCAUCACGUUCCGGCUGUACUGCCUGCAGCAGUCCAAAGCUUUUCUGGAAACCAGUGCCCUGAGGCAGCGCAUGCAGAGUGUACUGGACCGGCUUGGAGGCUUCAGCCAGCAGAGCUCUGUCUACAAUGUUUUGGAGGCUUUCCAGAGGGCCCGGCGCAGGAUGCAGGAAGCACGUGAGAGCCUUCCCAAAGACCUCAUCGGCCCCUCUGCCUCCACCAUGCAUCAGUCCCAGGAACCCUGAUCAACCACCUCCCCUCAGCAUCUGCUCCCCAGCACCAGCUCCUCUUCUUAGCAGGAGUCACAGUCCUGAGACUUAAAUACUGAUGUGGGGAGCUGUGAGCCCUCUAACGCCUUUUCAGGAGCUGAAUAGGGAAUUAUUAGAAAAAUGUGAAGUCUGCAUGACUUGGUAAAUUUAGUUUUCUUCUUAAAGAAGAGAAUGAUGUGGAAGGAGUGAAUUCUAUUUGUUUUCAUGAAAUGAGUAGAUGACUUCUUGAGAAGUGCUGAUGGUUGUUGUUAGCAUUUGUAGCUGCCAGUCAAUGGUAAAAUGAACACGUCCACUUGUGCCUUAAAGUUGAUUCCUAGAGAGAGAGCUCUCUGGGCACAUGUAAUGUUUGAAAUCAAAGCAAAGGAAUGGUGCUUGGCAGAUGGAUAACUGGAGAAAAGGGCUAUGUUCUCUCUUCUGCUGUUUGCACCCAUAACAUUUCCGGCUCUGCCAGGAGGAGCAGGAGGAUUCGUUGUGCAGGAGCACAGCUGGGAACACGAGGUCCUCUGAGUUUGUAGCAGAACUUUGGCUGGGGCUGAAUGGUUUGGAGACAAUGAGAGCAGAUUAUAACAUUUGCACAGCAGCUGAACUUUGGACUUUUCACGCUGCUCACUGGAGUUGUGGUUCAUUGUUCUGGAUGCACUGAUUCCUUCCUGUACCUCCUUUUUACAGUUUCUUCUGCUUUUUUCUCAGAGUUUCUCUUCCCCUGUUUUUGUUCUAAUCCUUAAUUCCCAGGAGUGAGGCUUCUUGCAGGCUGACUGGGCUCUGUUGGUUUAUUUGUGCAUGAGCCAUGUUUCCACGUGCUCUUUCCCUCUGCUCCCAGCACAAGGGAUGGGAAGAAAAAUCUUAGGCUGAGAUGAUGCAGGUCUGAAUGUGUAAAGUUAGAACUCCUGGGCAGGGUAUGGAAUAGGAGCUGGCUUUCCUGCUUUUGCUCUGCACCUUCCUCUUUCACAGCAAAGGUGAGCUUUGCAGCUGUGUGUGUGAUUGUUACAGCAUCCCCCUCUUCCCUGAUGCUCCAUUGUCUUCCUCACUUUCUCACUCACAUAAUGUAAGGACAUUUUGAUCUUGUCUCAGCCUUCACUGGGAAAACCAAAGCUCCUGGGUUGCUUCCUCCUUGACCUUGUUUCAAUUCCGAGAUCUGUUUGGCAGCUUGAAUGUACCUGGGAAUUUCAAUAAUAAAAGGAUUUUUG